UUCUUCUGCUUUCGAAGAGAGAGAGAGAGAGGGAGAGGGAGAGGGAGCAGCAAAGCAAAGAGAGAAAUUCAAAUUCCGAAAAUGGCGAGAAAUCUGAGGGUGCAACAGUCUCUACUUGUUGUUCGUAAGCUGCUUCCUGGAUCCAGACCCCUAGCCCUAAUCCCAACCUCCCAAUCAUCUCCACUUGCUGUUCAAAAGAAAUCAUCUCCACUUGCUCUUCAAAUUUACAGACCCUUGUCCACUAUUUCAGGUCAUGUCGCACAUGAUGAAGCAUCGGUGCCUGUUGAUUCUCUAAUUCGCUUUUUACCCUUAACCUCGAGCUACACUGCUCAAUAUGAUUACAUACUGAAGGCAAUCCGAGAUGACUGUUUGAAUGCGAUCUGCUGCUUCUAUGCGGGGAGCCCACCUAUGCACUUACCUCUAAUCGUUCAAGCUUUCGUGGAGAGAUUCCCACAUGUAAAAAUAUAUCAUUUUCUCAUUUUUACUCUGCGUCAGAAUAAUGACACUUAUGAGGCUGCUAUGAGAAUGUUGAAUGUUACCAGAACACCAUUGUUCCAUUUCUUUCGAAAUGGUAAACAGGUUGAUCAGCUAGUUGGUGAAUCCAUUGUGCUCUUGGACAAGACUCUUAAAAACCUUUACAACAUUGGAGAACUUGACACACAGCAUUCGUUGGAGUGAUCAAGGCUGCUCAUUCUGUGCCUUGGACCGAGAUCGGCAGUUAAUUUUAAAAGUAUUUCCCCUACGAAAGUUGUGCUAUCCACCUCGGGGGGUUAUCCAACUGGGGUCUCUUUGCCGUUGAUCUACGUCUGGAAUGAUCUGGAGCUAAUCUGGCCGUAAGAAUUCUGUUAGUGUGAGUUUGGAGUUAAAGUUAGUGUGUGAACAAAAAAAGAGUGGGACCGAGUUGAGAGGUAGAAACAGAUUGAGCCAUUGCGGGGUAGUAUGCAUCCCUCCCAUUGAGGCCUUCAACCAAAGCAAGAUUUCAGUUGUCUCCAUCCUCUCUCCUUCUCCUCCGCCGAAACUAUCACCGACACCUCUCCGUUUUAAUCAAUUGAAUUGUUAUCCCUCCCUUUUAAUCAAGUCUGGGUUCUGUUUACUGUUACUUUGGAGUGUUCAUGGGUUUGCAAUUGUUUGGUGAUAUAUGGGGACCGAAUAUCACAUACACAGUAAUCCAGAUUCUUAGCCCUUGAACUUA